UGGGGCCAGUGGCAGCUCUAGGUGUGUGUGUUGAAGAACCACACUCCCUGUUGAUUUUCCUCUGGCUCGUGGAUAACCCAUGGGCUGUUGUGUUGGUCAGUGGCCACGGAGUGUCGGGGAUGAACAGCUGGUGUGUGUCAGCAUGUGUGCAGUUGGAUUGAGGAGCGGUGGCUGCAGCUCAUCCCUGGCAGGAGCAGAAGAUGCAGGAGGCUGCGUAGCAGGUUUGUGAGCAGCUGCUGAGUUCUCAGCCCCGCCGGGUCUGGCUGCGCACGACGGUACCAUGAACUGAGCACCAAGCCACGCAAAACUUUUUUUUUUUGUUUUGGCUUUUUUGGGUUUGUUUUCCAUCCGAGAAAAAAGCCCCCCACGCUCUUUAAUGAAAGCAUUUUAAAGCGGGGUUAGCUCUCCCCUCCCCUGAGCCGAAGUCGUCCCGGGUGCGGAGAGGAUUUCCAGAGAAGAUGGGGAGAAAAAAGAUCCAGAUCCAGCGGAUCACGGAUGAGCGCAAUCGACAGGUGACCUUCACCAAGCGCAAGUUCGGCUUGAUGAAGAAAGCCUAUGAGCUGAGUGUCCUGUGCGACUGUGAGAUUGCCCUCAUCAUCUUCAACCACUCCAACAAGCUGUUCCAGUAUGCCAGCACCGACAUGGACAAGGUGCUGCUCAAGUACACCGAGUACAAUGAACCCCAUGAGAGCAGGACCAACGCAGACAUCAUCGAGACGUUAAGAAAGAAAGGUUUUAACGGCUGUGACAGCCCAGAGCCCGACGGCGACGACUCCAUAGACCAGAGCCCCUUGAUGGAGGAUAAAUACCGCAAAGGCAGCGAGGAUCUGGAUAUCCUGUUCAAGCGAUACGGUUCCACAGUGCCCGCUCCGAACUUCGCCAUGCCCGUGACGGUGCCGGUGACCAACCAAAACACGCUGCAGUUCAGCAACCCAGGCAGCUCCCUGGUGACCCAGUCCCUGGUGACCUCCUCGCUGACAGACCCCCGGCUCCUGUCACCGCAGCAGCCAGCACUGCAGAGGAACACGGUGUCCCCAGGGCUGCCACAGCGGCCAGCCAGUGCAGGGGCGAUGCUUGGGGGAGACCUGAACAACACGAACGGAGCCUGCCCGAGCCCCGUGGGAAAUGGCUACGUGAGUGCCAGAGCCUCUCCGGGUCUCCUUCCCGUGUCCAACGGCAGCAGCCUGGGCAAGAUCAUCCCGGCCAAGUCGCCGCCGCCGCCCUCGCACGGGACGCAGCUCGCCGCCAACAGCCGCAAGCCGGACCUGCGCGUGAUCACCUCGCAGAGCGGGAAGGGGCUGAUGCACCAUCUGACCGAGGACCACUUGGCUCUGCAAAACACACAGCGGUUGGGUGUCUCUCAAGCAACCCACUCUCUGACCACACCAGUUGUUUCCGUGGCAACUCCGAGCUUGCUGACACAGGGGCUGCCCUUCUCAGCCAUGCCCACGGCGUACAACACAGAUUAUCAGCUGACAAGCGCUGAGCUGUCCUCGCUGCCAGCAUUCAGCUCACCUGGAGGGCUGUCCCUUGGCAACAUCUCUGCCUGGCAGCAGCAGCAGCAGCAGCAGCAACAGCAGCAGCAACAGCAGCAGCAACAGCAGCAGCAGCAGCAACAACAGCAACAGCAGCAGCAACCACAGCAGCAGCCGCAGCAGCAGCACCUGGUCCCAGUGUCACUAGGAAACUUAAUACAAGGGAGUCACUUGUCCCACACCACCACUUUGACUGUCAACACCAACCCCAACAUCAGCAUCAAGUCGGAGCCCGUCUCGCCCAACCGGGAGAGGAACACUGCCACCCCGCUCAGCACCUUCCCCCACCAGCCCCGGCACGAGCCCACCGGCCGCUCGCCCGUCGACAGCCUCAGCAGCAACACCAGCUCGUACGAGGGCAGCAGCGAGCGGGACGAUCCCGCCCGCCCCGAUUUCGGCUCAUCCCUGGGGCUCCUGCGGCCCAGCAGCGAGCCCGAGGGGGAGAGCCCCUCGGUGAAGCGCAUGCGGUUGGAUACCUGGGUCACAUAACGGGCCCCACCGUCCCCGGGA